AUGGAGAAUUUCGAUUCAGAAAAAGUUGAAAAACCGACUGCCGAAGUAUCGUCCGGUCAAAGUGAGGAAGACGACCUCUUUGCCGAAGUGGAUAUCGACGGAUCCAACGAGAAUGACGACUUACCGGCGAAAUCAAGCAGUUUUCUAUGGCAGUUAAACCAGUCCUUACAUACAAUGGUUGGCUCGAUCGUGGAAAAAUCGCUAAAACGUCUCCACGAAGACAAGACACCUCCGGCGAAACGAAAGAAACCUCGCCUGGCUACAGAGACAACUGGACCUGAGGAAGUAGAAGAAAACCAGAGCAGCGACGAAGAUACACUUUGUGGCCCAUCAAAUGCCGACUCGGCAGAAAGCUCUCAAACCACAAGCGCUCGACUCGAGCAAGACACUGACAAUUGCAAUGACUCAUUGCUGUCAGAAAUUGAAAAUGGUUUCUCUCAGGAGGACGAUAUGGGCCCGGCUAUCACAGAGAAACUCGCUACCAUAAUCAAUAAGCGUUGGUCUGAAAAACUGAGCGAUCAAAAGCUGAAAGAAAAGUGGGAUCAAUACCCCCACCCAGACAACUGUGACAGACAUGUGGCGCCACGCAUUAACCCAGAAAUCUGGGCGAGAAUAGACCACACUGCAAAACAGUUGGACCUUCGCGCCAGCACAAACCAAUCUAAUCUGGCCAAAGCUGGAGUUGUCCUGGCAAAAUCAACCGACAAACUUUUGUCACUUUAUCAAAAAGACUCGAAGCCACUUAAAUAUUACAAAUAUGAAAUCAUAUUUUCAGACCAAAAUUAUGCACUUCCAGAGUGGUCAAAUAUCGAAACACAUUGCCAAAUGGCAUGA